AUGGACGAUAUGUUGACAAAGUUCCGCGUUCUCACUACUCUUUCUCAAUUCUUUCCCUCGUCUUUUCGUCCCAGUCACUCGUACUUGCACCGUGGAAGUAAUGAUGAAAGCGAUUUCCGGAUUCCUCUGCAAAACUUUGAUACCACUGCCGACGACAAUAGGAAUCGCAACAGCAGCAGCAGCAGAGCAACAUCGAGGUCGAGGGACGUUUGCGAAGAAGAUGACAGGCCACCAAAGGCUACCAUACCCAUGUGGUCACCCUAUACGUUAAGUCUUCCGUUUCUUGCAGUAUUGACGGGGGUGACCUUAAUACUCUGCCUUGUUACAUUUUUGCUCUGCUGGAGAUCAUCGACAAACUAUGGUCUUGGUGCGGACGACGGCUCUUCGGCCCUAUUAUUUGGCUGGAGAUAUAGCCCGACUAUGAUAGCCGUGGUUUACGUUCAAAUGACCGCCGUACUGCUGCUAGAUAUCAAACGCACAGAACCCUAUGCUCGAUUGGCUCGUCCCCAGGGAGCAGAGGCCUCCACAAGCAUUCUCAAAGCUCCAGGAGCAUGGUGGAAUGCGCUGUAUGACGGUUUCGCGAAGGAGAAGAAUGGCUCUCGAAGCUGGACCCUCAUCUGUGCCUCGCUCUUGAAUAUCCUUGGUUUCAUGGUCAUAUCUCCUCUUUCGUCUAUCUUUCUAUUCUCUGAGAGUGCAGCGGUUCCAAAAGUCACCAAUUUCCUCAAACUUUCCCCAAGAGACUCCCCGUUGCCAAUUGAGUCGGACCGUGUGGCAAAUUUUCGAACCAUUGCAAACUUAUUGCAAAAUGCAUCGACUUCGCCGUGGAUUACUGAUCAGUACACCAUGCUUCCUUUCUGGCCGGCCGACAUGCAAAAUGCUCAAAUUUCUUCACUGCCUACAUACUUGCCGCAGGAAUGGCAGACAGAGACAACAGUGUUCAAGAGUGAUUUCAGCUGUACCACUAUGUCGUUGGAAUCGCAAAAGCUUGGGACUAUGGCAAUCCCAGAGGGUACUCUAGACACAUAUUUCGCAGCCUCCUUUCUCUGGUCAUCAUCAGAUGGAUGUAAAUAUGGCAUGGCAACUGGGAUCGAGAUCUUCGAAUAUGGUUGCAGCAGCUGGUCAGAAACCUCUACAUUUUAUAAUGCACUGGGCGAGGGAAUCGAGGGUUCUGCGGUCAGCACAAAUCAAACAGCUGCAUGCAAAGGCAAAGAGGUCAUUUUCGUGACAGAUGCGUGGAAGUUGAAAGGUCAAUCAAUGCAAGCAGAUGGAACUCAGUACUGGAACUCAAAUGGUGCUUAUAUUCAGGCCCUGCUAUGUGAUACGAAGUAUUACAUGGCAAAUGUGUCUACCUCGGUCUCCCUUGUUGGAAGUGAACCGGAAAUCACUUUCAAUGAGAAUGAGUUUGAGGAAAGAAAGGCUGUAGUUCCAAGCAGCAUCUUCAACACAACCCAGUUCAGUGCUCUGAUGCUGUCCUCGGAUUGGAUAAACUAUAUGUGGUCCCUUUACUAUUCGAUAGACUACGAAUUGCAGGGAUACAAGCAGCAAGGAUCGUAUCUAGGGGGUCCUUCCAUUCUUCUGGGAGCUCUCUACAACUACAACAUGACCUCAUUUGCCGAUGAUCCGGAUUUGGUACACUCGGCCGCCAAAACAAAGCAGCGGUAUCUUGGAGAAGUGCUACAAUCAGCCUUGACUCAACAGGAAGCUUCAGAAAGCACAAACAGCCAAGGCCAUGUACAUUACAUUGAGACCCGGGUAGUUGUGCAAACAGCCGCUGCUAUCGCUCUAGGGGUUUCUUUCCUUUUCUCAUUCCUGUUUGUGCUUGCUAUCUGGUGGCUUUCCCGGCAGAAGCAGCGACCAUUGAAUUUGACGAAAGACCCAGCGACGACCGUAGGCGUGGCUUGUUUAUUAACACAUGACAAUCGUUCUACUUUCGGUUUCAAAGAUCUCCGGCAGCCUACCGAUAAAGAGCUCCAUCAUGAGCUAGAUGGCGAAUGGUUCUACACGAACUCUGACGGUCUAGUGCAGGUGCACACCGCCGAUAACGAUAUAAGACGCAACGUCUCUCAAUCGGAGAAUGGGGCGCCAAAGAUAUUUCAGUUACCUCUCCUACUUACCCUAGUAAUAGUCCUCAUUCUAAUUGUCGUUGGGGUUGCAGUGCUUUAUCAUUUUUCUAUGGCCACUGCGCUGUACGAAAAAGUAUUUGUAUACGGUUUCCAGGUUUCUUUUUUCGGCAACAGCUUGUCAACAGUGGCCCCAUUUGCGUUGGUCCCAACAGUUGUUGCACUCGUGAUUGGCCUAUGGUGGGGCGCUAUGGAUGAAACGUUUCGCCGUCUUCAACCGUUUCUCGCGAUGUCUAAAGAUAGCCAGCCCUUGUCCAAAGGGGCUGAUCUAUCAUACGAGUCUACAUUCUGGGCAUGGGCCUGCAUGAAAGCCUUACGCAACAAACACUGGCUACUUGCUCUUGUGACACUGGGAAGUACUUUUUCACCCUUAUUCACGACGUCAAUGUCCGAAAUCCGCGAUAUUCCACAGGUAAUCUCGGUCAACUCUGAUUCGAGUGAAAUUGAUUGGAAUUAUGCUGCACAUGGAUUUCUCUCGGACCUCUUCUACAAUGUUUCAACCAGUUGGAUAUAUGCGGCUACUAUUCAGCUAUCUUUGAAUAAGUCCCAACAGCCCGCCUGGAGUAAGGAUGGCUGGGCUUUUGCUCCUAUUGAUACUAGUAUUACCUACGGAAUCACACAUAUUGGAACAGCAAAACCAUCCCCCCCCGGCCUUGAGAGUGGAUACAAGUUAGGGAAUACCCAAACGUAUAAAUCCUACACUUGGAUGCCCGCCCUCGCGAGAUGGAUUUUACCCCUCACACCCCCCGAGGAAAAGUCCUCUUGCCCCGGAUGCACAACAGUACUCAGUGUCCCUGAAGAGAUUGCAUGUUGUACAAAUGGAAGCAGCAACGACUGGAAAUCCAGCGUGGCCGUUGGGUAUUGGUCUCCUAAUACCACGCCAGAUACCUUUUCAUGGGCAUAUUGGCAACGUAACUUCACCGUGAAGUGGAUUUGUGGAGAUGCGGUGUCAGGGAUUAAGAGCAAUCAAAUGAAUAGCCGCGGGGAGUAUGAAGAACUCGAUCUGCUGUUCGUUGAACCACCAUCGAUGACGCUUCUGACUUGCAAGCCAAUCCUUGAAUCGACAACAGCAAACAUCAGCGUGAACCUAGAGAAUGGUGAAAUCCAGAAAUUUGACCUUGUCAAUGAGGCCAAGGAAUUAUCUAGUGCCUUUGCAGAUAAUUUCUUACCGCAUGUCCAGAACGUUUCUUCUGCUAGCGGAUCGAAAGCCUGCAAUGCGACGCUGAGUCUUGGACGCCUGUUCAUGAUUUCCCUCCUAUCCGCCGCUAAACUCGACGUCGUGGUAUCUGGGUCCUCUCCUAACUCUUAUACCGUCGAAAGCUUGAGUGACAAGACAUACAAUAUUCUCGACGAUAAUAACGGGCUGAACAUGGACUUUAUGUCAUAUUCCAUGUACACGAUGGCCAACAAAAACCCCGACGCCCUCCUUGACCCAACAAAGUUAAAGACGCUCGCCGAGAAAACGUUCACAACCUUCUUCCAGCAUUUUGCCAGUAACAAUGUCUCCCUGGAGACAGGAAGCUGGGCCUUCCAGAAGAUCAACGCGAGUCUUCCAACUAAUCUUGGGACAGCGGUGAAUAUGAAUCAUAGCGUUUUGACAAACGAGACGGCAGCACAACAAGAUUUGAUACAUCCGAUAUCACAUACCAAUCGCACCGUGGAGGCAAAUUUUGCUCGUCGUGUGGAAGUGUUGAAGAUUAACUCUAUUGCAGUCUGGCUGAGUAUAUCCAUCAUGAGCUGGUUGGUCCUGACUACUGUCGUGGUAGCCGUUUUCCAAAAGCGCUAUUUUGGCAGUCUAGUUCGCGGCGUGGAGUGUCUCGGUGAUGUGCUGGUUUUGAUUGCAGACAGUACAAAUCUAUUUCAAGUCGUGCGAGGGAUCCAGAGCACUCGUCUGCAACCAAGUGGCUACAAAUAUCUUCAGACUCGACUAGGAUGGUUUAUUGAUACAGCCGGCAAGCUACGUUGGGGGAUCGAGAUGGAAGACCCUUCCGGCAAUGAGCCGGGGGUGCAGUGGGUAGAAGCGCCUUAUUUCUCAAAGGAGAAUGAUAUUGAGGAGUGGAACUUUUCCGAUGAUGAUAGGGCUUCCUACGGGUGA